GGAGAGGGGAGAUCUUCACCUGACCAGUCUGGCUGGCUGCAGUGUUGACAAGAUGUUGUAGGUUUGAUUUCGCUGCCUGUUACCAGAGGUGGGUAAAUAGGACAAUGGGGACACAGCUCUGCCAAAGCCUUACCCCACCCAGAACAAGGUGGCCUUGUGGGGAAUGACAAGCGAGCCAGAUUUAAGGCCCCAUUGUCACAUUCCAGGGUCAACCUCCACCCACCUAAUCGGGCUGGCAGGGAACAUGUUUGCAUACCAGGGCAUAAUCUUUGUCUUCCAGAAUCGGCCAGCCAUGUCUGACGCGGAAUUUGGACGGAUGUCUUUCAAAGAGCCUGAGCUGGAGACUAAACGUGGCCCAGCCCAGCCCCACUGGUACGAGCGCUACCUGCAGCCUUGCAUCGGGGAGCUGGUGGGCUCGGCCUUCUUCAUCUACAUUGGCUGCGUUUCGGUCAUCGAGAACUCAGAUGGCACCGGGAGGCUGCAGCCGGCCUUGGCUCAUGGAUUGGCGCUGGGACUGACCAUUGCCAUCUUGGGGAACAUCAGUGGAGGCCACUACAACCCGGCCGUUUCCCUGGGGGCCUGGCUCGUCGGUGGGCUGAACAUGGUGAUGGUCAUUCCAUACUGGAUCUCCCAGCUGUGCGGGGGAAUGAUUGGAGCUGGACUGGCUAAGGUGACCACUGUGUGGGAGAGGUAUGAAAAUGCCACCGGAGGAGCUUUCACGGCCAUCACCUCGGAUCCCCAGCUCCUAGCUGCUGUGGUGGGGGAGAUUGUGAUGACCAUGUUGCUGGUGAUGGCUGUCUGCAUGGGGGCUAUUAAUGAGAAGACCAAGAGUCCACUGGCACCUUUCUGCAUUGGCCUCACUGUCACUGUGGACAUCCUGGCUGGGGGAGCCGUUUCUGGAGCCUGCAUGAAUCCAGCCAGAGCGUUUGGCCCUGCAGUGGCUGCCAACCACUGGGAUUACCACUGGGUGUACUGGGUGGGCCCCAUGGGGGCUGCGCUUCUGGUGGGCGCAUUGAUAAGGGUCCUGCUCGGGGACAGCAAGACGCGCUUCUUCCUCAAGUGAGCCGCCGCCGCUGCCGCCGCCCGGCGAGGAGCACCGCCGCCCGUUCCCCGCGCCACCCCAGGCAGCCGCAGCCAACCUCGCCCGGGGAAGAGACUUUAGGCGAUGCUGCCUCCCCCCCCCCCACCGCCCGUUUUUUUUGUUUUGUUUUGGAAACGACGCCUCGCAGAAGAAAGACAAAGGCGGAGAAGCGGCGGCCCCGGCAGAUCCCCGGGCCGAAGCGGGGAAGCCGGAGGAGCGUCGGGCGAAGCGGCCCUGGGCAGCCCCGGCUCGAGCAGCGACCCAGCAACCCGGGCCCCGACGUUCGCAAGGCGCUCGCCCGGCACUUCGGCAGCCCCGUCCGGAGCGAGGAAGCCGCUCCUCGGCUCGGCAUCUCCGGCGGCGGCGCUCCGCGGAGGGACCCGCCGGCCACGCCGCCUCCACGCAGCCCCGCAGCCAUCGGGCGGCAAACGGGCGCGGCGGCGCUUCGUCCCACCGGAUUCCCGCCCGCGAA